UCUCCAUGGGUCGGGACUCGAAACUAGUCCCGCCUUCGACUUGCAGUUAGUUGAAUACCCUCUAAUCGUCGUCCUCCAAACCCGGAUAACCAUUUGUCAACACUCAUGAGCUGCACUCCUGAUAUCACUUUUAGGCUCCUAAAUUGAAUUAACCCAAAGAAAACAGAACCAGCAGCGGCUUCUUUACUACACCGGAAAUACAUUCAAAUCACAAGCCAUGUUCCUGCAUUCAUCUUUACUCCUCCUCCUUGGGCUCAUCACGUGGCAUCUGAGCGCAUCAUGGGCUGCUAAAAUCCUUGUGGUCCCACCAACCUUGUUUGAAUCACAUAUGUAUAUCUUCAAGACAUUGGCUACCUCUUUGCAUCAGAGUGGCCAUGAGGUCCAUUUCCUGGUCUCAGAGGGUCGUGAAGUACUCCCUUCCCUUAAUUAUAAACUACAGCGCUACCCGGGCGUUUUCAACACCAGCACAGCUGAAAGUUUCCUGCAGUCCAAAGUUGGCAACAUUUUUUCGGGUCGCCUCACAUUUCUGGAGCUUUUUGACAUUCUUGAACACUACUGUCAGAACUGUGACGCUAUAGUUGGCAAUACAGAGGUUAUGGCUCGCCUCAAGCAGGCCAAAUUUGACCUCCUGCUGGUGGACCCCAAUGAAAUGUGUGGAUUUGUACUUGCGCAUAUUCUGGGAUUAAAAUACGCCGUGGUCAGCACAGGUUUGUGGUACCCUAUAGAGGUGGGUGCCCCAACCCCACUCUCAUAUGUGCCUGUGUUCAACUCAUUACUGACUGACCGGAUGUCACUGUUCCAAAGGAUCUCCAACACAGCUGUCUAUCUCUUGGAGAACUUUGGAGUUCAUUUUAUUGUGAUGCCCAAGUAUGAUCGUAUCAUGAGGAAACAUGGAAUAAAGCCGCAGGUAGCUAUGACUGAGCUGGUGCGAGGCAGCCAAAUGUGGAUGUUGUGCACUGACUUGGCGCUGGAGUUCCCCAGGCCCACCCUACCACACGUGGUAUACAUUGGAGGGAUUCUCACCAAACCAGCAAACCCGCUUUCAAAGGAAUUUGAGCUAUGGGCCAAUAAUACAGCAGAGAACGGCUUUGUCGUGGUGUCCUUCGGCGCUGGGGUGAAGUACCUUUCGAAUGACAUUGCACAUAAACUGGCAGGAGCGCUUGCUAGGCUUCCACAGCAAGUAAUCUGGAGAUUCUCUGGUGUUCGACCCAGUAACAUAGGAAACAACACCAAGCUUGUUGAUUGGAUGCCUCAAAAUGACCUGUUAGGUCACCCCAACAUAAGGGCAUUCUUGAGUCACGGUGGGCUGAACAGCAUCUUUGAGGCCAUGUACCACGGCGUGCCAGUAGUAGGUGUGCCCCUAUUUGGCGACCACUACGACACUAUGACCCGUGUGACUGCCAAAGGUAUGGGCAUUAUGUUGCACUGGAAAAGCAUGAGCGAAAACGACCUAUACAAUGCCCUGGUCACUGUCAUAAAUGACACAAGAUACCGACGGAGGGCAACACUCCUCUCUACCAUCCACAAAGACCAGCCAGAUCACCCAGUGACAAGAGCAGUCUACUGGAUCAACUACACUCUUCGUCACAAUGGCACAGACCAUUUGCGCUCUGCUGUUUACGACAUAUCCUUCUACCAGUAUUUUUUGCUGGAUGUGAUUUUCUUCGUGGGAGCGGCCUUGGUUAUCGCUGGCUUUGUCUUGCGAUAUUUGGGACGGUUGCUAAGGGCAAAAUGUGGUGAGAAAAGCCGAGUAGACUGCGUUUCCAGGGAAGAGGACAACAUGGUCAAUGGACACUGCCACUGCAUGUCCAACGGUAAACACAAAGGCAAUGGCUCUUUGAAGAAUGAGAAGAAGGUAAAUUAAUGUUCUCAAAUGGCCAAUAGGGAUGAGGAGGCAGUUGCUCGAUGAUGCAGCCCUUAUUAUUUUUUAUUAUUAUUAUUAUUUUGGUUUUAUAAAGGCUUUGAAAAAAAGCCGUUGUUAGGUCUGCAUGAAGAGACAACUGCCACUCGGAGCAAGGCCAAAGAAGAAUGAGUAUGGCGCAUGUGUUUCUGUGCUGAUCCGUCUUAGUAUGUCCACUGAAGAAUAUUUACAGUCAAAUGACAGCAACUGCCGCUGCACAUCACCAAAUUGGAGCACUGAUGAUGGAACGCUUCUCCCCGGCACAUCUUCCUGAUCUUUUAACAGUGGAAUGACCAAAAUAAAGUGACAUUACUAACUCCGACAUGAACUUUCUAGAUUUUUUAGUUAAUCAAUGCGAAGCUUACCUAGUGUCUGUGACAGCCUAGAAGGAACAUUUAUUUAUUACUGUAAAAAGGAGUUAUAAUAACGGAUGUUUUUCCUCAUAUUUAAAAUUUAUUUAAUGGACUUUUUUGUGGUUGUAAUAGCAUGAUGGUGGAUAUACUCGCUCCAAUAUCCACAAUGUUCUGGUGAGCUUUACUGACGUAACUAUUUUAUCAACAAAACCCUUGUCUUAAAUAUAGUCUGUGUGGUAUUUUCUUUUUCUCAUCCUGUUUGUCAGGUUAAAUAGACCUUCAUCCCAUGAUGCAAGUUGAUUUCUGUUAGGAUUUACUGUAUAUUUACUUCUGCUUCCUUUAUUUACCAAAAGGAUAAAAUGAAAAAUAAAAAUGUUGUGAAUAAGGUGGGGCAAAUAAGUAUUUAGUCAACCACUAAUUAUGCAAGUUCUCCCACUUGAAAAUAUUAGAGAGGCCUGUAAUUGUCAACAUGGGUAAACCUCAACCAUGAGAGACAGAAUGUGGAGGAACAACCCCAGAAAAUUACAUUGUUUGAUUUUUAAAGAAUUUAUUUGCAAAUCAUGGUGGAAAAUAAGUAUUUGGUCAAUACCAAAAGUUCAUCUCAGUGCUUUGUUAUGUACCUUUUGUUGGCAAUAACGGAGGCCAAACGUUUUCUGUAACUCUUCACAAGCUUUUCACACACUGUUGCUGGUAUUUUGGCUCAUUCCUCCAUGCAGAUCUUCUCUAGAGCAGUGAUAUUUUGGGGCUGUCGUUGGGCAACACAGACUUUCAACUCCUUCCACAGAUUUUCUAUGGGGUUGAGAUUUGGAGAGUGGCUUACGAAGCUGUGUGUUUGGGAUCAUUGUCAUGCUGAAAGACCCAGCCACGACUAAUCUUCAAUGCCCUUGCUGAUGGAAGGAGAUUUUCACUCAAAAUCUCUCGAUACAUGGCCCCAUUCAUUCUUUCCUUUACACAGAUCAGUUGUCCUGGUCCCUUUGCAGAAAAACAGCCCCAAAGCAUGUUAUUCCACCCCCACACUUCACAGUGGGUAUGGUGUUCUUCGGAUGCAAUUCAGUAUUCCUUUGUCCUCCAAACACGAGAACCUGUGUUUCUACCUAUUUGGGUUUCAUCUGACGAUAACACAUUCUCCCAGUCCUCUUCUGGAUCAUCCAAAUGCUCUCUAGCGAACUGCAGACAGACCUGGACGUGUACUUUCUUUAGCAGGGGGACACGUCUGGCAGUGCAGGAUUUGAGUCCCUGGCGGCGCAUUGUGUUACUGAUAGUAGUUUGUUUGUAACUUUGUUACUGUGGUCCCAGCUCUCUGUAGGUCAUUCACUAGGUCUCCCCCUGUGGUUCUGGGAUUUUUGCUCACCGUUCUUGUUAUCAUUUUGACGUCACGAGGUGAGAUCUUGCAUAGAGCCCCAGAUCGAGGGAGAUUAUCAGUGGUCUUGUAUGUCUUCCAUUUUCUAAUAAUUGCUCCCACAGUUGAUUUCUUUACACCAAGCAUUUUGCCUAUUGCUGAUUCAGUCUUCCCAGCCUGGUGCAGGUCUACAAUUUUGUCUCUGGUGGCCUUCGACAGCUCUUUGAUCUUGGCCAUAGUGGAGUUUGGAGUGUGACUGACAGAGGUUGUGGACAGGUGUCUUUUAUACCGAUAAUGAGUUAAAACAGGUGCCAUUAAUACAGGUAACGAGUGGAGCCUCGUUAGACCUCGUUAGAAGAAGUUAGACCUCUUUGCCAGAAAUUUUGCUUGUGUGUAGGUGACCUAAUACUUAUUUUUCACUCUAAUUUGGAAAUAAAUUCUUUAAAAAUCAAACAAUGUGAUUUUCAGGUUUUUUUUUUUCCACAUUCUGUUUCUUAUGGUUGAGGUUUACCCAUGUUGACAAUUACAGGCCUCUAAUCUUUUCAAAUAGGAGAACUUGCACAAUUGGUGGUUGACUAAAUACUCAUUUGCCCCACUGUAUUUUCGCAUGAAUAGCCUACACUGUGUUUUCCUCAGUCUGCAUAGUGCUAAAUCUCUAAAGAACUCUAAAUCUAUAAAGAAGAAAACCUAUUUUGUAUUAAUGUAUUUAAAUUAGGUUGAAUCAUGAGUUGGAUUACUCAUUUAUGAGAGUGCGCUUCUCACCAGAAGACAAACUGGUUCGGUUUGAACAUGACAAAAAAUUCCUAGCACAGAUUUGACAUAUUUAAAGUCACUCAAAGUAAGUUAAUCUUUUUCAUUAUUAGUCCUAUUUGGCUGGUGGAUACAGACGCAAAUGUACACACUGAGAGUUAUUUAGUGACGUCACAGUGAAAAGGGUUGAUUUAAGCAUUUUGAAGUUUCAAUCUAAGCAGGCUUAAUGUAUCAUUACAAAUUUACACUACAACUAACAACAGUAAUACUGUAAUACAACUCUAUAGUGCCUUUCAAAGGAUCUAAGGACAUAUUUUUCAUAUCAUUCCUCUAUACCUGCAUGGUUAAUAUUAAUGAUGCACGCUUGAGAAUUGGUUUGUAAUUGUGCCAGUGUGGAAAUAGUGUUCAUAAUUAGCAAGGCAGAUGAAUGUUAAGCCUAGUAAAAUCUUUUUGUUCCCAAAUAACUUUUUGGCUUUCUGCCAUUUGUCAUAGUGAUGGUCAGUAAAGUAGCCUAUUUUUAAUCAUGUUUAUUAAUAGCUGUUGUGUGGUAAUCUGUGAUGUUUAAUAUUUAUCAGGUAAUUAAAUAUAUGGAAAUACUGGGCAGAGAAAAUUCCAUUUACUUUUUAUAAAACCAUUGUAUGAUCAUUGGACUUUUGUCUAACUCUUUUGGCUGGUUCUCUGUUACUAACAUAAAUAAUAGUCAACAUGACAUCUUAGCAACAUGUAGAAAACAUGGUGAGAGUAUCUUCACAGUGUGUCGUUGGACAUUUCAUAAGCAGUAGGUUGUUGGUAUGUUAAAAAGAAAUACCGUAAUUUUCAGACUAUAACCCGCUACUUUUUUCCUUCAUUUUGAGUCCUGUGUUUUAUAGUGCAGUGCAUCUUAAUUGUUGAUUUAUUUGGGUUAAUAGGUAACACUAUUUGACAGCUGCAUCAUAAGACUGUGAUAAGACCGUCAUAAUUAUGACCUGUCACUAUCAUGGGCUUUACUGAAUGCUUGUGACAAAUGUCAUUGUCAUCCAGCAAAUUAUGUCACUAAAUUUAUGUCCAGUUUAGAUCUUUUACAUUCAUUCAAAAGUGAGAUAACUCGCCGGAUACCACUAAAUGACGUCUGUUAUAAGCAUUCAUUUAUGCACAUGACAGUGUCAUGUCAUAAUUAUUAUUGUCUAAUAAGUCUUAUGUAGCCACUGUCAAAGUGUUACCAAAUACCAUAACUAGCAAUUAAUGAAACAACUGGAACAGCAACUGAAGAAAUAAUUAUCACAGAACAUGCAUUUUGAUUGUUAUUUACAUCUGUAGCGCUGCAAUGCAUGCUUGGAGGCAUGGUGAACAACAACAGUGUUGACAGCAGGUAGCAGCAGAGGUUGACUGUCUCCCCUAAGGGAGCAGUGAUGGCCAAAUAAGGUGUCUUAAAACAAUGAAUUAAUGGUGGUUCAUUUGGUGAGGACAGCUGUGGCUUAUCCAUGAGCAAAUGCCGUUUUUGUGUCGAAUUUGGUGGGUGGCGGCUUAAAUUACUGUACAUUUUAUCCGACCAGGUUUUAAUUUCAUUCAUCCUUUUCGCUGUGCUUCCAAAUAGUUGCAGAACACAUGUCCAUGAACAAUGAGAUUGACAGUUUGUGCACAUACGUACUGCAGGUUCUUUAGCUUUUUUUUUUUUUUUUUUUUUCACGCUAGUGUGUUUGAGGACCUAAUUUCAUAGCAUUAAUUUAAUAAUAAUUGGUAUCCCAAGUAAACUUAAAAAAUGUUCUGAGAAGUGCCUGCAAUACAUUACAAUGCAUUAGGAAAGUUUUUUUUAACCGUUCAACAACCUAUUGUGUCAGCAAAAGCUUUGUCAUCCUUUCUCCUGUGAGCUGCAGUGACAUCAACCAAAGCCUGCUGAAAACAUACUUGAAUUAUCUUUUUCAUCAUCAGUAAUACACUCAGCUGUCAGGUUUGUAGGCUAACAGGUGCUCCACAAGCUAUGAACAGGGUCUGGGGGGUUGAAAGCAAAUUUAGGAAGGUGCAUUAUUUUGGCUUAUUUCAGUAUUAAAUUUGCAAUAGACCUCCAAGCUCUUGUUUUGAUUCCUAUAUUUCUGUUUGCUAACUUUGUUACUUUUUUUGUUUUUGUUUUUUGGGUCUGUUUUGUUUAAUGAACGUGUGAAUUUCACAGUGUUUUCUCUGCAGCCUUUUGUAUAUUUACCCAACAUUUCAUCCUGUUGUUUGUAUCUUAAAUUAUUUUACCUCAAUUUCAACAUGUUCCCUUACUGUGUUGUAAAUACAGCAAUGCAAAACAAUACUAAUGUUGAAUAAAACUCU